GGAGGGGGAAGGUGAAUGAGGAAAGGAGGAAGGCGGCGAAGGUCAGUUUGAAGCUCACCUGCUAUAAAGGGUCGCGGGGCCGGGGACACACACACUUGGCUUCGGUGCUCUCCCUCCUUAGCACGUCAACAAGCACCUGUGGGCGAAGAAAGAUGAAGGCGACGCUGCUGUUCCUGGCCGCCGGCGUGAUGGUGGUGGCGGCGGACGACAAGGACGACAAAAAAAACGCUGCUAAGCCCAACACUCGCUUCCUCGGCGGGCAUGGCGGACCGGGCUUCGGGGGACCAGGCUUCGGGAACCAAGACUUCGGGAAUCAAGGCUUCGGGAAUCAAGGCUUCGGGGGACUAGGCUUCGGAGGUCAAGGCUUCAACAACUUCGACGGUCACGGCUUCAACAGCUUCGGCGGACAGGGCUUCAACAACUUCGGGGGCGGUCUUGGUGGGCUGUUCGGAGGCUUCCCCUCGCCCGUGGCCCCGCCCAGCACCUGCCGCCACUGGUGUAGGACGCCCCAGAACCAGGCUUAUUGCUGUGAGGACGCCCGUGAGGUCCCCAGUCUCGUCGGGGUGGUGAAGCCCGGCCGCUGCCCCCCCGUGCGGCCCGUCUGCCCCCCCACCCGCAGCUUCCAGCAGCCCCCCGCCACCUGCUCCAACGACGGGCGGUGCGGUGGCUUCGACAAGUGCUGCUUCGACACCUGUCUUCAGGAGCAUGUGUGCAAACCCCCCUUCGGCUUUGGUUUCUAAGUGGGGCUAGUCUCUCUCUCUCUCUCUCUCUCUCUCUCUCUCUCUCUCUCUCUCUCUCUCUCGGAAAGGCUUUUCUUCUCACAAUGUUGUGUCUUAAGUCGCCGAGGGAUGUCUGUGCCAACCGAUUUUUACUUUUUUUAUAAUCAAAAGUUAAAAUAAAGGAAAUAUUUGAGUGGA